UUCAUGUUUCUCUGCCAACAAGAAUUCUCAGAAAACAAAAACAAGGCUCACAUUGUUCAUUAAUACAUACAUAGAUAGAUCAUACACACACACAUAUACAUAUAUACACAUUCACAAUAAUGAGCUCUGGGGAUGGGGCCUCUCAAUCAUCUUCGAAGAAAUCCAAGAAACCACAAUAUUCUAGGUUUACACAGCAAGAACUUCCUGCUUGCAAGCCAAUUUUAACACCAGCAUGGGUCAUUGCAACCUUUAUAUCUAUUGGCUUUGUUUUUGUGCCUAUUGGCCUUGCGGCGUUGUCUGCAUCACAGAGAGUGGUGGAAAUCGUGGACCGUUACGAUGACCAGUGCAUUCCUUCAAGCAAGACGGAUGAGAGCGAUUCGAAUCUUGAAAGGGCUUCGUUUGUGCAGAGUGAUAAAACGAAUAAGACCUGUAUCAGGACCUUGACAGUUCCGAAGAAAAUGCAGAGCCCGGUUUUUAUCUAUUAUGAGCUCGAUAACUUUUACCAGAAUCAUCGCAGAUAUGUAAAAAGCAGAAGUGAUAAGCAAUUGCGAAGCCCAGAUGCCGAGUCUGAUACAAAGACUUGUGCUCCUGAAGAUAUGAAUAAUAAUAAGCCGAUUGUUCCUUGUGGCCUUGUGGCAUGGAGUUUGUUCAAUGAUUCGUAUGGGUUCAAGAUUAGCAACAAAGAAGUACCCAUCAAUAGAAAGGAUAUUGCGUGGGAAAGUGACAAAACACACAAAUUUGGCUCUGAUGUCUUUCCAAAGAAUUUUCAGAUAGGCGGGCUAAUUGGAGGUGGAAAACUGAACGAAAGCUUACCUUUGAGUGAGCAAGAGGAUCUUCUUGUUUGGAUGCGAACAGCAGCGUUACCGAAUUUUAGGAAGCUCUAUGGGAGGAUAGAAAGUGAUCUUGAAGCGAACCAGGAGAUUACGGUUGUAAUACAAAAUAACUAUAACACGUAUACUUUCGGGGGCAAAAAGAAGUUAGUUAUUUCAACUGCAACGUGGAUUGGCGGAAAGAAUGAUUUCCUUGGCGUUGCAUACCUCAGCAUUGGCGGGAUUUGCUUUUUCUUGGCGAUAAGUUUCAUACUUUUGUAUGUCAUCAAACCAAGAUCGUUUGGUGAUCCCGCGUUUUUAUCAUGGAACCGCAAUCCUGAAAUGAUUUGAGAUUUCUCCAUAUUUGGUAAAGACGGGUAUAUUUUGA